AUGAACAAUUUGACUAAAGUCAUAUUGAAUGGAGAUUUUGAUGAAUCUUCAUCGUCUAAUGAUGAUAUCAUCAUGAUACAACUGUUCACAGCGCAACAAAAAGAAUACAGACAUUUGGUAAUUGAAGAACUUAAUCAAUGUAAUGAGAAUGAUAAUGAAGAUUUGGGUGUUGAAGAGCCUAUUGAAUGUUUGAAUGAGAAUAACAAUGAAGAUUUGGUGAAUGAGAAAGCUACUGAAAGUGAAGAUUUUAAUUUGGCUACUAAUGGAUUCAAAGAUUGGAAGAAUCUAGGUCAUAGGCUUAGAAGUCAGGAAACUAGCAAUGAACACAUGACUUAUAUGAGCAAAUGGAUUGAAUUGGAAAAAAGAUUGCAAAAGAAUGAAACAAUUGAUAAAGGUGUUCAAGAACAAAUCAAUAGGGAGAGAGAACAUUGGAAAAAGGUGUUACUAAGGAUAAUUGCUGUUUUGAGAACUCUUGCUAAAAAUAAUUUAGCGUUUCGUGGAGACAAUGGGAAGAUUUAUCAAGAAAGAAAUGGAAACUUUUUGAAUUUAAUUGAAAUGAUUGCUCAAUUUGAUUCGGUAAUGCAAGGCCACGUUCAUCACAUUGAAAGGAAUGAAAUUCAUUACCAUUAUCUUGGCCACAAAAUCCAAAAUGAAUUGAUACAGAUGUUAGCGAAUGAGAUCAAAAGUACCAUUGUGAAAAGAAUCAAAGAAGCGAAAUAUUUUUCAGUUAUUCUUGAUUGUACUCCAGAUGUUAGUCAUGAAGAACAAAUGUCUCUUGUAAUAAGAUGUGUGGAUGUUUCAACUAAUCAAGUAAAGGUGGAAGAGUUCUUUUUAGAAUUUUUAAAAGUGGAUGACACAUCGGGAUUGGGUUUUUUUAAUGUACUUAAAGAGGUAUUGUACACACUCCAACUUGAUAUUGGUGGUAUAAGAGGGCAAGGAUAUGAUAAUGAAAGUUUCAAAGGUCAUGUAGAAGGUCUCACAUUGAAGCCAUUGUCACAAAAAAGGUGGGAAAGUCACGUUGAAAGUGUUAAAACAAUAAGAUAUCAAGCUCCACAAAUAAGAGAUGCUUUAAAUCAUUUGGCAAAUCUUGGUGAACCCCACAAUACAAAGAGUGAAGCUGAUUGCUACUCUAAUGAAUUGAUCCAUGUAUUUCGUGAAAAGCGUGUCAUUCGCAAAAGAGAAUUUGAUGAGAAUGUUAGUGAAGAGGCAACACAGACUGCUGAAGAAUCUUUUAGAGUUAAUUACUUUAUGUAUAUAAUUGAUCAAGCUCUUUCUUCACUUAAGAGUAGGUUUGAACAAUUUCAAGUAUAUGAGGAAAAUUUUGGAUUUUUGUUUGAUUUGAAAAAGUUGAGUUCUACCAACAUGGAUUGUUUGAAGACUUAUUGUGUUAAUCUUGAAGAUUUUCUAAAACACGAUGAACUUUCUGAUAUUGAUGGGAGAGAUCUAUUUUCAGAAUUGAAUGUCUUGAAAGAAGUUUUACCGGAAGGAAUCAAAAGGCCAAUUGAAGUAUUAAAUUAUUUGAAAACAAUGGAUGGUUGUUUCCCAAAUGCAUGGAUUGUGUAUAGAAUUUUGUUGACCAUACCUGUUACAGUGGCCACUGGAGAAAGAAGUUUUUCAAAGUUGAAGUUAAUCAAACCUUACCUUCGGUCAACUAUGUCACAAGAAAGAUUGAAUGGGUUAGCUUUGUUAUCCAUUGAAAAUGAUAUGCUGGAUAAAUUCGAUUAUGCAAGCUUCAUUAGUGAUUUUGCAGCUAAAAAUGUCAGAAGAGUAAUGUUUAUGUGA